GAGGAGAUCCACUUCAGACACACUCAUUCUCCAGUGACUCUUUGCUGUGUCAGUUCCAGCUCAGGACCAGUGGAGGUUUGUACGGGUUUGCACUCUGGGCAUUUCUGAUGGAUAUCUGACAGCAGGAAUAUGAAGAUACCGAAGCUGGCCGUAAAGUACUUGCUGCAGAUAUUUGUGGGAAUUUUUCACGUGAAGGUGUAGAGAACAUCAGAAGUCAUUGUAUUACUCGGGACUGUCAAGUUUCUGACAAGCUCUGAAAGUUCGGACCGGCGGAGUGCGUGCGCUUUCAGAAAGAAACAAAGCUCUUUUAUUUUGGAACUGAUAGAGAAAAUGUUCUAGGAGUGGAACAAAUCCAUUUUCUGUUGUGAUUGCGAAUUAAGUGCUGAAGAUCUGUGUGUGAAUGAAGCGCGCUCUCUGGAGAGACUGAGCGCCUCUUGUCCCGGUUCAACAGCGCCGGUUCGGCGGGACGGACUGGAGCCUGUGCGCUCAGAGAGAGAGAGAGAGAGAGGGAGAGAGAGAGACGUUCAUAAAAGCCGUGCGUAAAAAUAACAUUGGCUGAGACGCGCUCCAUUCCGCGGGCGCGCUGACAUUUCAAACGACAGUUUGGGUGCCACCCGGCAACAAAACCCGAGUAGCGUGUAGAGAUUGCGCCAUCCCAUCCGAUAGCAGAGGCGUUGCCAUGGUGACGCGCCGACAGAACUGGUGAAAUUAGCUGUAAAAGAAACCCAAGGCAGAUGAGGAUAAAGCUCUGCUGUGUCGGAUUUGGUGUUUUGAGCGGCAUUUGGCACGGCAGUUGGCACGGCUCACCUGAGCGUUGCAUCAUCUGACGGGUCAAGAAGUUUCCAGUAGUAUCCCUAAAAAAACUCCCGUCCCAUGUCAUUCCGGUCCACGCGUUCGUCUAUUAAAAGUAUCUCGCUCGUGCUGUCGCUUGGACUAUUUAUGCACGGGUGUGUGCGGACGCAGUGACGGCCAACUCUACUCCAUAGACAGACAGAACACGAGUCAUGGGCAUCUCCCACGCGCUGCUGCUCCUCUUGUGCACGCUCCUGAGCGCGCACGGCACCGCGGCCCAGCCCUACCUGCGCCUGAGACCCUCCCCAAGCGACCACCUACCAGUACCGGGCCUCAAAGAGGACCCCGACCCUGAGUAUGACCCGCGCGAGCAAGACCUCUCGGAAACGACGCUGCGCAAAAAGCUGGGGAGCCACUUUGACCCCAACUUCAUGUCCAUCCACCUGCCCACUCAGCUGAACGCGAGCGCGCCGCCGGACGUACCGGGGCCGCGUUCACCGAUGCCCGUCGAGCUCAAGAAGCUCGACCUGACGGAGACACCCUACGGGAGACGCGUCAAGGUGGGCAAGAAGGCGCGCCGGAAGUUCCUGCAGUGGUUGUGGACGCACACGCACUGUCCGGUGCUGUACACCUGGAAGGACCUGGGCGCGCGCUUCUGGCCACGCUACAUCAAGGAGGGAAACUGUUUCAGCGAGCGCUCGUGCUCCUUUCCCGAGGGCAUGUUCUGCAAACCGGUCAAGUCCGUGACAAAGACAUUUCUCCGGUGGUACUGCCAGGGCUUCCUACGGCAAAAGUACUGCACGUGGAUACCGGUGCAGUAUCCCAUCAUCUCCGAGUGCAAGUGCUCGUGCUGAGUGGUGCGUGCGCGCGCGUGUGUGUGUGAGUGUGUAUGUGCGUGCGUGUGUGCGAGUGUCCAUGGACUGGACGCACGCGGACUGAGAGAAUUUAUGAAUUAUUGCACUGUUUACCCACGGACAGGGAUGUGGCGCAACAUAGCAAAUCUAUUUUUUUAUAUAUAUAGCUUUUUAAUUCGAAUAUCAAACAUAUGUACAUAUUUAAGUGGAAAAAAGAAGAAGAAUGCAGCUAUUUUUGUUAAAGGAACAGGACCAUAUUCUCAUGAGGAGCACUUCAGACGGAAGAGCCCGUGGUUAUUUUUAUGAAACUAUUGCAAUUAUGAAUAUGGAAAAGAUAGAACUUCUCCAAGAAGUUUCUUUUCCUCACUCGAACUGUUGUGAUGACAGAAAAACUGAUACACCACAAUGAUGCCUAGAUGUUUUGUACAAAUAUUAAUAUCAUUAAUUAAUGAUUUAUCAAUUAAUUAAUGGUUAAGAUUUUUAAAGGCUGAGGACAAAAAUAUACAUGUGAACUUAGCUUUUUUUGAAAACCGUAUAGUAUUUUAGUAAAAAUGUGUAAGUUUUAUUUAUUGUUUUAACGGUUGUGAGUAUAGAUAUAAAGAAGAUAAUAGAAUAUACCAGAAAUUUUACUUGAAAAGUUCUAAAAAAUGAUUUUAAGAGAAUAAUAAUAAUAAAAAUAAUAAACAUG